AACAGUCGAUCUAAUGUCAGUGGCCAUUUCAUUAUAUUCAAUUCAAAGUGUACGAACUGGUUGGAACGACGUAUUUGUUAAACAAAUACCUUGAAUGUUGAUAUGAUUUUGCUUAAAAAGUCCAUAUUUCUGUGUUAAAGACAUUCUUGUUCUGUGGAUUUUCAACCGCCUAGACCAUGAUCUCGGCAAUAAUUAGCAGAAUUGUGAUAUUAGUCUUUGGUACUCUUUACCCGGCUUAUGCCUCCUACAAGGGAGUGAGGACCAAAAACACCAAAGAAUACGUAAAAUGGAUGAUGUACUGGAUCGUAUUUGCACUUUUUACUUGCAUAGAAACUUUCACAGAUAUAUUCCUUAGUUGGUUUCCGUUUUACUACGAAAUCAAAAUAAUCCUAGUGAUAUGGUUGCUUUCCCCGGCUACGAAAGGAUCCAGUAUUUUAUAUAGAAAAUUCGUUCAUCCCAUGUUAAUCACUAAAGAAAAGGAAAUUGACGAAUACAUUUCUAAGGCAAAGGAACAAAGCUACAAACAGUUUCUCGAUAUCGGUCAGAAAGGAGUGACUGCUCUCAUGCAAACUGCUCUUAAGGGAGGUGGUGGCAUAGUUAACCACUUGAAGAAGUCGUACAGCCUCAGUGAUCUGAGUGAUCCAGCCGAUGGCAUCGAUGAAGGCGAUAUUCUCGUUUCCGACCCACACCUGAUCCGACGACGGAAACAAGGCCGCAGUCCUCACCGCUCCAGCUCAGCGUCUUCGGCUUCCGUGUAUUUUGCGGAAGUAAACGUGGGCCUGGGACGUGAACCUAUCACUGAAGUACGAAGUACUGAAGAUAUAAGUUCAGGUUACUCUAGCGCUGAAGGCUUGUAUGCUGCCCAGCACCCUUUAAGGCUACAAUCCCGAGAGAGCAUAGGCAGUAAUCGGGCUAACUCUCUAACGCGAUCUCGUUCAACUCGAGUUACCAGGUCCAGCGUACCAAAGAAGGCGAAUAUUACGAGCGAUGAUAGCGACGAUAAUGAAGUGUUUGACACCAAUAUAGUGUUUUUUAAUGAUAAGGCGAAGGAAAUCAACAAUCUGCCCGAAUCGCACGACUCGUCAUCCAGUGAGGAGUUUUUUGAUACACCUGAAAUGAUAGGUUUUGAUUUGCAUGGUAAAACUUUAAUCGAUACGAGCCGAAUUGAAAUUGAAAAUAACCAACGGAUAGUUGAUAGUAGUAGUUCGAUAAUUCCGAACGCUCUUGCAGUAGUUAAGCGUAACCCAAUUGACUCCGAUGCGAGUGGUGGCAACCACCGUACUGCAGAUGUACUUGGGAGCAGUCAAGUGCCACCUUACCCCGUAUUAAAAAAUCAACAAAAAAGAGGGCUUUAUGAGACGGAAGUCUAGGACAGAUAACCGAUGAUUAGCCUGAUGGACGUCUUUAUCCUAGCUCUAUUUAUGUGUGAUACUUGUAUACUUUUAUUUCUUAAUUCAGUGAUUAAUUAAGUUAAUCCUGGCUCAAUUUAUAACCGAUUUUAUACUUGAAAUAGCGCAAAAGGUUACUAACAGCAUAUUUCCGCACGAAACCUUGUUUUUGUCGACUUUAUUUUAUAGUUGUUCAGACAGUAAGUCGCCGAUAAAAUCAUAUUGAUUUUGUUGCGUGUAUGUCAGUAUGUGUGUAAUUGUAGCAAUUUGUUGCCGAUAGUAAUUUAUCAUUGGCUUAAUGGAAAAGUGGUCUGUACAGACAUCACAUGUUAGCUUUCAAAGUGGUAGCGGUUCCUUUACUUGGAAUUCAUGUACAAUUUUGAAUAAACUGAUUGUUACGUUACUAGUUUAUUCAAAUUUUAUGUCGUGUAUUUUUGAGUCGUUUUUCCUCAAACACGCCAUUGUUGGUUACAUGUUUAUUUAAGUGUUGGUGGGCAGGUUUUAUACAAUUACUUGUGUGUAAAAUGGCGUCUUUUUAGUGUUCAAGAUUGGAAGUUACAUCCUAAAAUACCGUUCCUUUUAUUGAGAUGUUAAUAUGAUUUUAUAACAUGAGACUUUGUGGUAAUUUAUAAUAUACAUAGCAACUUGUUUAGGUACUAUAAAUGUAUUGAUGGUUAUUUCACAAUCCCCAUAGAUCUAUUAAGGCGCUUUAUCAUUAGUUUUACUUCUUCUACUGUUAGGUUUUUUACCGUGCUGGUUAGUCACGUAUUAUGUAAGAUUACUAACUAAAUGUUUGCCAAAACUCAAGCCUUCGAAUCGAUGAAUGGCUUAAUAAAAGAUAUUUGAUUGAUUAGAA